AUGUUCAGAAUCAUAUCUAGUACUGUAAGAUGAUGCUUGAAUACAAAAUUUCCUCCAUUGAAUGCCUUUGAGCAAUAGCUAUAUUUAACUAUUUUCUGUUGUCCAAAACAUCUACUCCAUGAUUCCAUCCAACAUAUGUCCUAUUUCCUACAACAUUUUUCUAAGUCUAGGAAGUGAAGUGCUUCUAUAUAUUGGGAUCAUAAUAAUUUGAACUGGUUUCACUUUCAGACAUUGUAAAACUUUUGCGACUAAACAUGAAAUAGAAAAGAAAAAGAAAAAAAAUUAGUAACUAACAAAAUAGAUCCAACAUAAAGGAAAAUAAAAUAAAAGAAAGAAAAUGGAUGAUAGGAAAUGUGGUAAGUGGGAAAAACACUCUCACCUCUUUGGAGAGAUGAGAUGUGAUUUGUCUUAGAAGAGAACAAUGUUGGGGAAAAGCCACAUGACAACGAUUGAAGACAUCAUGCAGAGAAGAUGCAACUAUAGAUGCUUUUCAUAAAUGUGACUUGAUGACAAUGGGGAACAAGGUGUAGAGAAGACGUGAAUGGCACCAAAUAUGUGACGUGAAGUGGUGGUGGCUAGAGAAGAAGCACAAAACGUUGCUUCUUUUCUGUAUUACCAAGAGAAAAUGAAUGUAUUUGUGGAACCAGAUGUGCAUGAUAUAUUUGCAAGCAUUCCUGGGUUUGGAUUUGUCCAGACCUUCUAUAGUCAGGAUACUGGUGAUCUACACGAGAAAGUGGAUUUUGUAGCCUGUUUGGGGGGAGAUGGUGUUAUACUGCAUGCUUCGAAUCUGUUCAGAGGUGCUGUUCCCCCUGUUGUGUCAUUUAACCUUGGUUCUCUUGGUUUCCUGACUUCUCAUAAUUUUGAAGACUACAAGCAGGACUUAAAACAAAUUAUCCAUGGUAAUAGUGCACAAGAUGGAGUGUACAUCACUCUCAGAAUGCGUCUUCGAUGUGAAAUUUUUCGAAACGGUAAAGCUGCACCAGGGAAAGUAUUUGAUAUUCUCAAUGAGGUUGUUGUUGAUCGGGGUUCUAAUCCAUACCUGUCAAAGAUUGAAUGUUAUGAACAUGGUAGACUUAUAACAAAGGUACAAGCUGAUGGAGUCAUUGUAGCAACCCCUACUGGAAGCACUGCCUAUUCUACAGCUGCUGGAGGUUCCAUGGUCCAUCCAAAUGUUCCGUGCAUGCUGUUUACCCCAAUCUGUCCACACUCGCUCUCAUUUAGACCAGUCAUACUUCCAGACUCUGCACAACUUGAAUUGAAGAUUCCAGAGGAUGCAAGAAGCAAUGCCUGGGUUUCAUUUGAUGGAAAGAGAAGGCAGCAACUUUCAAGAGGAGAUUCGGUUCGAAUAUCUAUGAGUCAGUAUCCACUUCCAACAGUUAACAAGUUUGAUCAAACAGGUGAUUGGUUUCAUAGCUUAAUUCGCUGCCUAAAUUGGAAUGAAAGGCUUGAUCAAAAGGCUCUAUAAAGCAUGUGAAAGUGAAGAGCGAAGAUGCUAUCUUCACCUGUACAGAUAUACGUUAGGAAU